ACGUAUUCUUCACUCAGCUUUUGGGCUUCAUGAGCCGGCGCUUGCUCCUGCUCUUACUCAAGAUCCCGGACUAGUUCUUGAAGCGCAUCUUUCUUCACAGUAUCUUCUGCUCAGGGACCAUGUGGGCGGUGAUGAUGCUUUCCUUAGCCCUUCUAGGAAGGAUGGCAACAUCGGAAUCAUUCGUCAGACGAACCUAUAUUGCACCUGAUGCAGUUUUUGAAGCUAGGCCGCUGUCUCAGAACAAACUUGAGCCGUUUAAUCUUCUCAGUUUCGAUAAAAAUCAUCGAGAUUACAGGCCCCAGGAAAUCAUCACAGACGUUUUCCCUGAGGACGAUUCUUCGAUACACUGCAUCCCUCGUAUCGUGACUAAUACAGUCACAUCAACCAUAACAAAUACCAUGCCUUUCGCUGCCGUCACUUGGCUUAGUACGCUGGUGAGUACUACUAGCUACUCCGUUCACCUAGACUACACUACCAUAACGAGAACAAAGACGGUCGAUAACGAAUACUCCAUCACGCACAGUGUUACCGAUUAUACAACUUCAACUUCAACUGAGUACAAGACUCAAAUUAUACCAGCUGACGUUUUUUACGAGACACAUACAACGACCUCUACCUUUAUUGACCUUCGUCACGUUACGAGCACCGUAACGGACACUCAUUACUUGAAGGAAACUGACUACGUCACCAUAUCAUCAACUGAAACCUCAAUCGCCGUUAGUUACGUCCCUCUCACUACCACCCAGUUUUACACGCCUCCUCCGGUAACUAGCUACAUUAAAGUCACUGAAGAAAACUUUGUGACACGAACUAUUGAAGUUCCAGCGUUCACAGCUGUUAAAACGGUGAAGGAAGUGUCAACCUCCACCCAAGUCAUCGAAAGGUUUCUCGCCGCUCAAACAUCGACCGUUGUUGUCACCCAAAAAGUUCCUGAUUAUCACUAUCACUCUGUUACCCAGUACUUCACAUCAACCACAACUCGUAUUGAAACAAAUGUGAUCCUCAGCACAGCAACUUCAACCUCAACCAAAACAGUCACCUACAUCCAGAGCUCGACCGAUACGCACGUUAGAGAAACCACUGUAACCUCUUCUCAAGAUAUACAGGUCACGUCACAGGUCUUCAGCUAUGAGACCCAAACCAUCUCAAAGAUUGUACCUUCGUUCUUCAGCACCACCACGACGAACUACUUUACUAAAACUAAAACCCAGACCAUAGAAGUACUGAAGUUCGUCACUAACACGGUUCCUCUGGUGGAGACCGUCGUCAGCACAGUGCAUGCUCAUCUACCAGCAAAAACAAGAAUCGUCACUGCAGAGAUUACGAUUCCUUGUCAGUCAUCGACCGGCUACAGUUAUCCCGAGCCGGGUUUCUCUUUUGAUUUUUAAUGGGCAUUGACGGUUUGAUUUGAACUUUUUUGUAAAGCCUGGACCUGCAGCCAACCAGAUGUAGGUCUAGUGCCACAUUUAUUGUUAGGUAAAUGCGAUAGAGAGCCAAUAAGAGUCGAUAGAUAUCCUCUUUACAGAUCGGAUCGGAUGGGACUCACCUUUUUUUGCCGUUUUGUAUGUUUUACGUUUUCCCACUUUCUUAAAAAAAUGCCUAUGAUCAUUAUGUUUUUCUUUUAGUGAUUUAAAUAUGCAUACGAAGUUUCAAAAAGAUCGUUCAUAUAGUUUAUUAGAUAAUUUUUAGAAGAGACGUUCCCCUUAAUUCAUGCAGGAUACAUUUUGAAUCUAUAUUAAUUAUCAUAUAAAACGUGAGCCAAAAGAUGUUGUUCACAUGACAUAAAUUCUAUACGAUUCAUCAUUCUAUUUUUAAAGAUAUUUCGUACUUUGGAAUCUCUAUUUACGUUCACAGAUAGUAUUUUAUCGUCUGAAUAAGUUUAUCAUAGCUUAAUACAAUUAGAAUUAAAGCAUAUCAUAUUCAGAGCUUUGUAAGCUACUUAUAAUUUAUUGAAUAAACUCGGGUGCCAUCA